CCAAAACGAAAACCCUCGUAAGCCGAAAGGAUAAAGCAACUGGCAUCGACAUUAAACGCACCGUUUUGGCGCUCUCUUUCUUCUUCGGCGACUCUGCCAAACCCUAGGAUCUCUCUCUCUCUCUCUCUCUCUCUCUCUCUCUCUCUCUCUCUCUCCCCCUUCGGUUGCUGUGGAAUCCAGGCAUUUGAAGCAAGGAGUGAAUAAGUAGACUAGCCUGGUGUUUUCCAUUUCAGCCUUAGAAGACAAAAGAUGUCUUCUACUGCAUCUACUAGCGGUGUGAAGUUCUCGAUGUUUGGUGCAAAGUCUGGAUUCGUUAUUCCUAAAAACAAGUUAUCUGGUUCACUCGUUCCAACAUUCCAAGGCGGGAAAACCCAGGGAGGUGGAAAUGCAGGGAAUGAGCAUAACACAAAGCAGGAACAAAGAAAAACUAAAUGGGGACCUGAUCUUACACAAGAUACAUCAGUUAAGAAGGGAAGGGCUUUGGCUUACCAGAAACGUGUGUAUCAAAUCACACAGCAAUUGGAAUCUGGAACUCUUGAAGUGGAGACUAGUCGAGCUUCAGCUUUAGCCUCACAAAAUACUGCUGGUAGGUCAUUGGAUUCACAGAACAAUGAUGAGAUGGUGGAACACUUGGAGUUAGAAAGGCGUGAAGCCAUUGGUGAGAUACUCAAGUUGAAUCCAAGGUACAAGGCUCCACCAGAUUAUAAGCCUUUGAUGAGAGAAGCUAGAGUUCCAAUUCCGGUUAAAGAACAUCCUGAUUUCAACUUUCUAAAUCUCAUAUUUGGUUCCCAGGGUGAGACCCAGAAGCGGCUUGAAAAAGAAACCGGAGCCAAAAUUCAGAUUUUUGGUGCUAAGACAGGUGGAGAGAAGGUUGAAAUCUCUUCUACUGGUGGGAAUGAGAUCCAGACUGCAUGGGAAGAAUUAUACUUUAAAAUAUCUGCUGACACUUAUGAAAAGGUUGAUGCAGCUAUUACUGUAAUUGAGCUGCUAAUCACUUCGGUGUCGGGAAAUCUAGAAGCUGGUGGUGGUGCUUCGGCUUCUGGACCAAAGGAUAGUUCAAGCAUUCCGGACAACACCAACGGUACAGCCAUAGAUGCGGGUUCUGCAAAUCCGGUAGGUGGUUGUCUAGAAAUUCCCCAAUUUCAACAGUAUGGUACGUUGGCUACAAACCAGACUCCAGCUUAUCCACCACUUGAUUCCUCUGCUCCAAUUCUCGGAAAUCCAAUCCCGGGACGAGAACAGGCAGCCAAUUCAUUGAACCAGGCUCCCUUUUCGGGUCAGCAACCAAGUCCAGCUGGUCAGAACCAGGCUCCAAUUCGAUCACCCAUGCAAGUCCCUCGUGCACCAGAGCUGAUCUCUGUUGGCUUUUCCGGUCCACCAAGGACUAUCCCAGUGCCCAGUCCACAGGCUUCCUUAGCUCAACCUGGUUUUAUGGGUCCGCUUAUGUUUUCUGGCAAUCAAGCUCAGCCAAUGGGACCACAGUCUAUGAUUAUGAGGCAGUCAGCACCAUCAUCAGCCCUUCAAUCUGUACCUAGCAUCGGGUUUAGACCAAGACCUUUACCGGACAUCAUUUCAAGCAACUCCGGCCAAUUGGGACGGCCUCUGGCUCCUAACUUCAGGCCUCAUCAAUCGGGUAUCGAGCAAACAUCCUUUUCUUUUUCCUCUGGUAUCUCCUUCAAUCAUCAGGUUGAAUAUCCCUCUGGUGGUUCUCUGCGCCCAAUGGCGGUAUCUUUACCGGGUGGCAGGCCUUCGGGUCCCAUCCCUGUUAAUAUCCCGAGUUUUCCUUCCAUAAACCAGUCCACAAAUGCACCUCCAAGGCCACUGCAAGGAGAUUUCACUUUCCAACCUCAGCAGCCAAACAUUGUCCGCACCCCGCAAGGCGCUCAAUUCCCUCGCCCGACCUUUCAACCCGCGGCGGUCAAUUUAGAGCCUCAACCUUUCAUGCAGGGUUUUGCAAGACCGCAACACUUUGGCAGGCCAGUUGAUCAACCGCCGAGUCACUUGCCUCGUUUGUUUCACGGUAACCCAAGAUCUCCGAAUUUGCAAAGCUUUGGACCUCAGGUUUUGCAGAUGAGACCGGGAAACUUUCUUCCGGGAGCCCAAUUUCCCGACCUUUCUGCACCUCUUCCACCGAGACCAGUUUUCAGGGGUGAUAACCCGAUACCAGGUGGGUGGCCACAAAACCACCAGCGGUUCAACACAGGCAGGCAUCAGGUUUACGACCCGUUUUCACCUACGGAUGGCUAAACCCCGAGAUCAUGGAAUGGACGGAUGAAACGAAGCUCUAUGAUGCCAUUGCCACAGUUGGAAAUCGUCUGAGGAUGUCACUGCAUUAUGGUUGUUUUCAGUGCAGGCUUUAAUCAGCGGCUACAUAUUCUUCAUUAGGGUACUUUGGUGGUGUUACGGAUUGUCAAAGGAGGCAUUAUAAUGUUCUAUCUACUUUUUCAUAGAUGCAAAAGAAAUCUGUGUUUGUGUCUAAGAUUGAAGAGAUUAUCUGAUUUAUCUGAUUUAUUGUGCAUCUUGUAGAUCUGUGUUCUCA